UUCCUAGCAACAAUAACAUUCUUAUAGCCGCUGCAGUACAACCACCAAACAUCCUCGUUAACUUCUUGUUCUCCAUUGCACCGCCGCCAUCCCCAAGGCUCUUCACAGUUUUAGUUAGAGCAUAGGUGGCCAACCUGAGGCUCUCCGGUUGUUGUUGGACUAAAACUUCCAUUAUCCCCACCGCAAUAAAUUGUUCUUAGGGAUGAUGGAAGUUGUAGUCCAACAACAGCUGAAAGGCAUCCAGUUGGCCACUCCUGAAUUGGAACUGAUGUAUGACAGGUUUGUGUGUCCUACACUGCCUCAUGGGAAAGUAUGAAACUGGUCCUCUAACCAUAACUAGCAUCACAAUACAGGUAUAACCUUCAUGUGAUUAUGUGAGCAUUUUUGGAAAGGACUGCAGUUUCAGGCAGGUGAUGGAUGUGGACAUACCAUUUUAGGUCCUGAAAGUGGAACUUUUACAUCUAUCAACUAUCCAUAUGCCUAUCCCAACAGCACAGUCUGUGAAUGGGAGAUUCGAGUAAAACCUGAGCAGAGAGUUCAGCUCAAAUUUGGGGAUUUUGAUAUUGAUGAUUCAGAUUCUUGCCAUUUUAAUUAUGUGAGAGUUUAUAAUGGAAUUGGACCCACAAGGACAGAGAUAGGAAAAUACUGUGGAUUAGGUUUACAGAUGGACAGUUUAAAUGAGUCAAAGAGUAAUGAAGUUACAGUACAAUUCAUGAGUGGCAUACACUUUUAUGGACAUGGAUUUCUGGCAUCCUAUUCAACCACUGACAAAUCAGAUCUAAUAACAUGUUUAGACACUGCAAGUCAUUUUUCUGAGCCUGAAUUCAGCAAGUAUUGUCCAGCUGGUUGUGUACUUCCUUUUGCUGAAAUUUCUGGGACUGUUCCUCAUGGCUAUAGAGAUUCGUCUUCACUUUGUAUGGCUGGUGUGCAUGCUGGAGUGGUGUCCAAUGUUCUAGGAGGUCAGAUCAAUGUUGUAAUCAGCAAAGGCAUUCCAUAUUAUGAGAGUUCUCUGGCCAACAAUGUCACAUCAAAAGUGGGACCACUGUCUUCAAGUCUCUUCACUUUUAAAACUAGUGGUUGCUAUGGAACGCUAGGAAUGGAGUCUGGAGUAAUCGCCAAUUCCCAGAUUAAUUCAUCGUCAUUUCUAGAAUGGCCUGAGCAAAUGGGUCAGCCAAACAGCUGGAGGCCAGAAAGAGCCAGAUUGAAAAGGCUAGGACACUCUUGGGCAGCUCUUACUAAUGAUGAACAUCAGUGGUUACAAAUAGACCUAAACAAAGAGCAACGAAUAACAGGUAUCAUUACUACUGGCUCCACCUUGGCAGAGUACAAUUAUUAUGUCUCUGCCUACAGGAUCCUGUACAUUAACGAUGCACAGAAGUGGACAGCAUAUAGAGAACCUGGUGCGGAGCGAGAUAAGAUAUUUCAAGGCAACACUGGAUAUUAUCAAGAAGUUCGCAAUAACUUCAUUCCACCCAUUAUUGCUCGUUUUGUUAGAAUAAACCCUUGGAAGUGGCAUCAGAAAAUAGCAAUGAAAGUGGAACUGUUAGGAUGUCAGUUUAAUGUUGUUCGGGCUCCAAGGCCUACAAUACCACCACCACCACCGCUGCUACCCAGGAACAGUAAUGAUUUUCCAUUGCAAACGGAUAAAACAACCUUCACUCCUGAGAUCAAGAAUACUACGAUAACCCCAAGUGUAACCCAAGAUGUGGCACUGGUAGCUGUUCUGGUUCCUGUGUUGGUCAUGGUCUUGACCUCCCUGAUCUUGAUCUUAGUUUGUGCCUGGCAUUGGAGAAACAGAAGGAAAAAAUCAGAAGGAACCUAUGACAUACCUUCUUGGGAUCGUGCAGGUUGGUGGAAAGGAAUGAAACAGUUUCUUCCUGCCAAGGCUGCAGAGCAUGAGGAAUCACCUGUUCGAUAUAGUAGCACUGAAGUUAGUUGCCUUAGAUCAAGAGAAGUUGCAACCAUGUUACAAACUCAGUCUGCAGAGUAUGCACAGCCACUGGUGGGAGGAAUUGUUGGCACACUUCAUCAGAGGUCAACUUUUAAACCAGAAGACGGAAAAGAAACCAACUAUGCUGAUAUGGAUCCUUACAACGCACCAGACCAAGAGAUUUAUCAUGCGUAUGCUGAACCGCUACCAAUCACUGGACCGGAAUAUGCAACUCCAAUAGUGAUGGAUAUGUCAGGUCACCUCACAGCUCCUGCAGGCAUUUCUUCUGUAUCUACUUUCAGGGCUUCAGGGAAUCAAGCCCCUCUCAUUGUGGGAACUUACAAUAAACUUGGUUCCAGGGCUGAUAGCUCAUCACCCCCCCAUGUACUGUAUGAUACACCCAAGGGGAUGCAAGGACUAAAUCCCUCAGAUGAAUUGGUGUACCAGGUACCACAGAACAUGCCACAUUCCACAGAAAACCAAGAAGAAGUUAGUUAGAGGAGGAGACUUCUAAAAAUGGAAAAUGGUUUUUUGUGUUGAAGCAAAAUGUGAGAGCUGAGGCCUGGAAAAAUGAAUAAAUUGCCUUUUUUGAGGGUCUAAUACAUAACUACUGCUUUUUUCAUAAAAUGGUGGGCUUUUCAUUCACUACUGAUAGGCACUGCAUUCUUUGUUAUAGGCAUGAGAAACUUAGAAAAAUGCCUCAUCACCGAGUGUAAAUAAAUUUCACUGAAAAUACAUACAUUAAUCAAAAUCCAUUCUCUAUGGCCUAAGUGUCAGAAAAAGAAAGGUACUAUUCUGGAAACAAGAAAAACAUUGAAAUCCCUUAAACCUACAUACAUAUUGUUUGAAACAGUAGUAACAGACUGAUCUCUUACAAAUUUAUCAAACUAUGUAUAAUAUAACAUAAAUUGAUAUUGUACCUUCUGUAACAAGGCUGAGAGACAAUGAUUUCGUUGGGAUUUUUUAAUAAGUAAAGUAGAUCUCUAAAAUGAGUAAAAGCUUCCUUCAUUGAUUGAUUUAAUGAAGUCAAUUUGUAGCCUACUUCUAAAAUCUCUGGCAAAUAUGACUUUGCCAUACACCAGCAACUAAUCUGUGGUCGUAAUCUAGGGGAUAGCUUCACCUCAGUGUGAUGUAUUGCUCAGCCAUGGUUUGGAAAAAGAAAAAAAAAGAAAAGGCCUGACUAGUAAUAUAAACAGUUGUUCUAUUACUUCUACUAGCCUACAGCAUCUACCAUGUACAAUUUGUGGGGUCUCAAGGAAUUUGAUUUGUAGUGGUUACUAAAAGUGUAACUUCCAAAAAUGCAUACAAAAUCCUCCAGCUGCUGUAGCUUCCUCAAACAGAAGAAAAGUUUUAAAUAAGUUUUUGCAAUAAAGUAGACAUUCAUCUUUCUAAAACCUAAGCACAUCAUUAAAUAUAAAUACGUGUGGGUAUUUAAGUCAUGGUUUCUGUACAUUUAUAGCUGCACAAGUUGUUUUCUCAGUGUGUGUGCACUUAUAUGCCUUAAGAAAAGCAUGCGUGUUGACACCCUGGAACCUUUAAACUGUGAAACCUGCUGCCCACUAGAUGAAGAGAUGGUUACAACCUUUUUAAAAAGACAUUUGAUGUAAUGUGAGACACUUCAGGAUUGUUUUUUGACCCACCAGAUUCUGCACAUUCUCUGCAGCUUUUAAAACUUAAAACUAAAGGUAUUUUGCUUUUCUGCCAAUGAUGUUUUCCCAAGUUUAUAUACUUGAACUAGGUGAUGACUACGCAUGAUGGAAACAAAGAAGCAUAGCUGUAUUCACACAACAUCAGAAGUCACACUCCCCUUUUGCCAUAUUUAAAUGCUUAUCAAGAAAUAAAAGCACAGCUUUGUCUUAGGAUGACAUGAAAAAGAUGCUUUGUUUUUAUUAUAGUGUAAUGGCACUGUAGUGAGAACGUUGAACAGAUAAAUGUGAUAUCCCUCUAUACACAAUAGCCCAGUUUUAUGGACUUUAAAUGUUUUAUGAACGUAUAAUUCAAAGGGAAAUUGUGAUUUCCCCCCCUUGUGGUCUGUAUUGUUGAAUGCACAGUAUUCCAAUGUAGAUGGUAAGAUUAAUCAUGACAAUCACCGCUGUUAACUGUUAGUACUCCUGCCCAACACUUAAUUUCAGUAGUAAAGCAAACAGAUUUGCUCUUGUGCCUUGUUCCAUUUAUAUUAUUUUUUAUUUAUAAAAAUGAUACAUAACUUAUUUUUAUUCUGAAACUGCGGUACACCAAGGCUAAAUGUGAGGCCUAAGAAAACAUUCAGAAUGUGUAUGUAUAUAUAGGCUUUCAUGGCCUAUUCUGUGAAUUCUCAUGUGGUUGAAUCUGGCCCAUAUGGAUGCAUAUCAGGCAGACUGGACUCAUGCUGUUUGUGUGAAUUUAUUAAACCUGGCUCUGUCAGCAUCUGUCCAUGUAUAACAAUAGUGAACACCAGUUCACUAAAUUGCCCCACUUUCUGUAAAUCUGCAUAUAAUAAAGUGCAUCAAAAAUAAUAUGUGCUAAUAAUUUCCAAAGAAAAUAGUGAAAUGCACUCAGAGCAUAAAUAGCUCAAGUUCAGAGGGUGAGGGUUGUUUGUGUUUUGCACAGCUGCUACUCACCUUGUAGAUUCUUGACUCUGUUCUUGGUUAUAGAUAGGGCUCAGAGCAGUCUAAACUAUUCAAAAUGCAUACAAUUUUUAAAAAUGCUACACAUGAAGCUGGUUGAAUUUCAUAUUCCUAUUACAAAAGUUGAGUUUUCUUAGUUGGGAGUGAUAAUGUAUACCUGCAUGUUUUUCGUUCUCUCUAAAAGUUUUAACAAGUAUGAAUUGGUGCUCAGCAUCAAAUGGCUUUUAUAAGAACCUAAGUCGUUGCAAAUUCUUCUCCUUUGCAGGGCAUUUUCUGUUCAAAUUCUAAAGAAAUUAGAGCUUUUUAAAAAUAGCUGAUAAAGUUUAAUUUGAACAUUUCACCAGUUUGGAUGACUUUGCACAUGCAUAUCAUGCCAAACCUUAGGAUGUAUCUGUGGCAAUUCUCACAAAACUCACAAGUGUACAUGCAAGGCACCAUCCAUUGCACCAAAUAUAAUGGUCACACUCAGAACAUUCUUUAUAUUUAGUGUGUGUGCCAUUCACAUGCAUUCAGAUGACUUGGUAUAACAUGCAUGAGCACUGGCAACAUGCCACCAAAAAGCCACUACUUUUCAAGCCUGUUCCUGGAAUCAUGUACUCAAGUAUAUGUGCAAAGAACUUUAUAGUAGCAGGCAAACUUUGGGUGUGCUUACGUGCACAAGCAAGCCCACUUUAAAUGGUAUGUUGUGGAAGGAGCCUGUCAACACGUCAGCUGUGUAAGAGAGACUGUGUGAAAAAUUGAAUGCAUCUAAAUUAAGCUUGUUGAUCAGACGAAAAUGAAGCUUUCUUGAUGUAUUGUCCUGUAUUUUAGGCACUAACUUAUUGAUUCCUGAAUGUAAGACACACAGCACAGACAACCUUCACAGUAAGUGCUUCUUGGGUUUUUUUUUAGGCCCAGUGUUGGCAUCUCUCGUAUGUUGAUUCAAGGUAUGCAAAGGGCUCUUUAUUUUAGUGCAGUUGAGAUGGGUGCAAAUAAUGUUGAGUGGUUAUUUUUCCUAGAAUGUACUUUCUUACCUCAGCAUGUUCUGUAGUCACUCUGUAUUUGUAUAUUUUGGUAGAAUUUAGAUUAUAUGAAUAGUGAUUUUUAUGUAUGUCUUUAAAACUUUUAAAUAAAAUGCACAAUGUGAAAGUCA